ACAUUCCGUCGCUUCCUCGACCGUCGGACAAUUGCGUCAAUGCCGAGGUGGAGCGUACAAUGGCGUGCGACGCGUAACAAUUCGGCGGGGUAGUGUGCGGUCCCCUUCACCGCAAAGUGUCCUGUGUUUUAGGACGUAUCCGAUCCACCUUCUGCUCUGUCGCCUCUGCGUCGCGUUUGAUUUCCUGGAGUCGGCAGCUGUAAUACGACGCCACGAUCGAGAACGACAAUGACGGAUGAGAUGUAGAUCCUUCGUUGGCUGUGCGACAACGUCGUAUCAUUUUGGAGCAGACGACGACGGGGGCCCCCCACGUAUCGAUCCCCGAUCGCGGGCGAUGCGUCCUCGUGUUGUUGGUAAACCGCGGACCUCAACACGUCGGUAGAAAUCGCCCGUCGCACGAGAGAGAUGGAGAUCCUCGGCGACUACGAAUAUAAUCCUAAGGACCUGAUUGGCACCGGCGCCUUCGCCGUAGUCUUCAGGGGCAGGCAUCGCAAAAAACCAAAUCUGGUAGUAGCCAUCAAGAGUAUCACAAAGAAAACUUUGGCUAAAUCGCAAGACCUGCUGAAAAAGGAGAUCAAAAUCUUAAAGGCAUUAACCAAACUACAUCAUGAGAAUGUUGUUGCAUUGUAUGAUUGUAAGGAAUCUAAUCAUAAUGUCUUCCUGGUUAUGGAGUAUUGUAAUGGUGGAGAUUUGGGAGAUUAUUUAAAUGCAAAAGGUACUCUUUCCGAGGAUACUAUCAGGCUGUUUCUCAAACAGUUAGUCCGUGCGAUGAAAGUACUUCAUGCUAAAGGAAUAGUCCACAGAGAUCUUAAGCCACAGAAUAUCUUAUUAAAUCACAACUGUGGUAAAGCCUGUCCACAACCACAUGAGAUAACAUUAAAGAUAGCGGAUUUUGGCUUUGCUAGGUUUCUGCAGGAGGGCGUGAUGGCCGCGACUUUAUGUGGAUCGCCGAUGUACAUGGCGCCUGAAGUCAUUAUGUCUCUUCAAUAUGACGCUAAGGCGGAUCUGUGGUCCGUUGGAACUAUAUUAUACCAGUGUCUAACUGGGAAAGCGCCACAUCCUGCAAAUAAUCCUCAUGCACUCAAGUCAAUCUAUGAGAACACUGUCAAUCUUGUUCCUAGUAUACCGCCUGGAACAUCAACUGAGUUGACAAAUCUCCUGAUGGGCCUGUUGAGGCGCGAAGCGACCGACCGCAUGGAUUUCGAUCAGUUCUUUGGUCACCCAUUCCUCACUGGUGUCCGAGAGAGUCCAAGUCCAAGCCCCGUACCUACCGAACUGCCGGCGUCUCCGGGAACGAUGGCGAUUCCGAUCGAAGAAGGAACACCAAUUAUCAACAGAUCGGAGCCCGAGACGACGGAAACUCCUUGUUCCAGUCCUGAGGAUGACUUUGUUCUUGUACCGAGUGACAUCAGUAGCGAUACUGACAAUAAUCUGCCAGUCAAGUAUACCAAACAAGUGAGUAGGGAAGCUGUUAGUCCCCCUCGGCCGUGCUUAUCGAAAUUGGGCGAAUAUACCAGACAGACAAGUAGAGAAGCCAUCAGUCCACCUAGACCAUGUUACCUGCCAAUCUCUGAGCCGAUUCCCGUUCCAUGCCAACGAAAUGCGAUUCAACAACCGUCGCAGUCUCCUUUGACGAAUGCCGCCCGUUCCGGUGGCAGCAGCGUGCCCCGCUCACAACCGAUUAGUAUGAAACGCAGCGUGGACUCCCAUAGAAGUCAUCCACCAGACAUUGGCUCCCUUAGUCCACCUAGCGUACAGUUUGUCAUUGGCACUCCGCCCGGCAGAAGGUUGAGCGAGACUCCGCCGCCGCCUAACACAUGGCAAGUCAGCCCCGUGGCGAGACAUUCGCACACGCCGAGCGGAACCUCGCCAUUGCGCCGAUCUACGGGCAAUAACAGCGCGUCCUCACCGUUGCUUACGGGUCCGCUGGCAGUGCUUGGUUCACCUACUUCACGAGCUUUUCAAGACAACAACAACACUCUCAGGCAUUCACCUGUCAUACCCUUCGGCACGAGGGCCGUUACUCUUCCGGAAAUAUCUGAAGCCGGUAGUUUUCAAAGUCUCUUUCCGGACAUGCCGACGACAAUCGAUGAUCGUCCAUUAACGUUCAUCGCGCCGGAACUACCAGAGGAGACACUCAUGGAACGUGAACAUAACGAGAUUCUGGCCAAGUUGAAUUUUGUUGUGGCAUUGUGCGAAUGCGUGUGCGAAGUUGCCAGAUCCAGAGCUGGUCCGCUCGGCAAUAUUGAACAACCGGCGCCUCUUGGUAGUAUCGAACAAGCUGGUAAUGCGGCCACCAGGAAACGUGCCGAACAGGUCAUCCUUCUGGUACGAGCUCUUCAGUGGCUCAGCUCCGGCCUGAGUCUAGCCACUCAAGAACUCAAAGCUGGAAGGCUACAACCGACAGCUACUGUGAAGGAUGUUGUCAGUACCAUGAACGACAAAUUCAAGUCAUGCUUGACAGAAUGCAAGCAGUUGAAUAGUGCGGGGCUUCUUCGUCAAACAGGAGCCACAGCAGACAAGAUACUAUAUAAUCAUGCGAUUCACAUGUGUCAGUCAGCAGCAUUGGACGAACUGUUUGGAAAAGGUGGUGAAUGUUUCCAGCGAUAUCACACGGCACAGAUAUUAUUGCAUUCGUUAGCGCAGCAUGUCAGUCAUAGCCAAGACCGAGCUCUGCUUAUUAAAUACAAAGAGGCAGUAGAAAAGCGACUGUAUGUGCUACAACAGCAAGGCUACAUUUACGCAACAGAACCUACGUAGCGCUUGUGAAAUACGGCAGCUGAAUGCGGCGACGACAGCCGCCUAAAAGAGAUCCCGCCCGAGCAGCCGCCCGUAUCAUCAUACUCGCUCUUGUGUAAUAUAUUCUGCCCUAUUCUGUACAAAAGGCAAGAUGCCGAGAUUGCAGCUUCAAGCGGAGGCGGGAGUGCUUAAAAUUCGCGGCUGACAUUAUUUUAACGAGGCUAACUAAUUCGAAAGAAGGCUCCGUAGUUCCACGAGGAGUAGACAGAGGAAAAUGAAAGUCUCCUGUCCACACAAUCCUGUCCCCCAUCCAUCCUUCUUCAGGUUACUUUAUAUGAUUUAUUAAAGCUUAGUACAAUUAAGAUAUUACACUGUAUAAUGUACGUACACGUGGUCGAUAGCUAAUCUUUAUUUCGUAUAUCGAUUAAUAAACAUAUGUGUAUACUAA